AGGUUUGAUGCUGCAGAGGCUUUCCCUCUGUUCCUGGCGAAUGCUGUUGUCCUUCCAGGGAAAGGAGGAGAGGCGAUUGAAGCUGGACUUGCUGUUGCAGAAGGCGCUUGGACGAAGCAAAGGGUUGACCUUUGGAGCCUGGAAGAGCCAUGUAGCUCUGUUGCGGCAGGCACUGGCGCAGCAACGGCGCAGCGUGUUGGCCGCAGCCUUUAGUCUGUGGAAAGAACAAGGUGCUGAAGCCCUGAAAGAAGAGUUCAACGACCUUUGGCUGAAGGCAGUGCUGCUGGCCGCCAGACCCUUGAAAUCAGAGGACUUGGCUCGAUUCCGAGGUGGCGAGUCAGCGACUUCCGGAUGACCGGAGACCUCCGGAGACCGGAAAUUUCACCCCUGGGGACAGCUGCGAUGUCGACCUGGUGGCAGCUUAAUUCAGCAGACGCUGGAUGGGGACAUGGGCAAAAUGAGC